AUGUUCAAGGUAGGAAUCACCCGUUUUUCGGGCUCUGCUGCGUUCCGCCGCACAGUACCAAAAGUAUCGGCCAUUCUACCACUUCGUUGCGCUGCUCCUGCGGGUCUCCAGACCGUCAGAUGGAACUCUACCCAACCUGCUUCAGAGAUUCAAACCGACAUGUCCAAUCUCGUUGAUCCGGCCACUUUGGCAUCUACAGCUAGUGACUUGCACUCCGACCAGAUCGGAUACUUGGCGUCUGUUGGUUUGGGUGAGGGUUGGGGCCCUACAUCAGCCAUUUGCAACUUACUCGAGUACGUCCAUGUGUACUCUGGUUUGCCAUGGUGGGCUACCAUUGCUUGUUCUACGAUUGCCGUGAGAGCUUUGAUGUUUCCUUUGUAUGUGAAAUCUUCUGCCAACAUGGCCAAAAUGAGCAAGAUCAAGCCUCAGUUGGACAAAUGCAUGGAGGCUGUCAAGGGUGGGGAUUCCAAGGAGAGAGUCAAGGCCUUGACGGAGAGAAGAACGCUCAUGAAGGAGCACAACAUCAAAACAAGCCAUGGUUUCUUCCCAUUGUUGCAGCUUCCCAUUGCUUACGGUUUCUUCCAGGCUACCAGAGCCAUGGCUAGUAUUCCUGUAGAGGGCUUCACGACUCAAGGUGCGCUCUGGUUCGAGAAUUUGGCUACCGUAGACCCAUACUUGGGCUUGCAGAUUUUGUCUGCUUGCGUUGUGACCGGAAUGAUCAGAUUAGGUGGUGAAACUGGUGCUCAAGCAAUGAACCCGCUCAUGAAGAAAAUUUUGACUUAUCUUCCAUUUUUGUCUAUUUUCAUCACAUACAACAUGGACGCCGCUGUGCUUGUGUACUUCGCUGCCAACUCCUUGUUUUCCAUUGUCCAGUCAAUGGUUUUGCGUAACAAAGUCUUCAGAAAGAUGGUCAACAUUCCUCAAAUCGAAAAACCAGUGCCUGUUGAAGGUGCCAAGCCACCUCCAAGUACACUUGGUGAGUGGUGGACCCAAUACAACACCAAGAUGAGAGAAAGCGCUGAGAAGGAGAAAUUGAAGAACAAGGUGGACAAAGCAGAAAAACGUUCCAGAUCCAAGAACCAAAACUUCAUUAAAAGACACUAG